AUGUUAAAUCUUGAACAUCUUAUUUUCUUAAUAUUGAGUUCCAAAUCGUCGGACAUCCAUCUUCUUGAGCAAGAUACGGAUCAACCAUACCAUUUAUGGGAUGAUAAUCAUUAUUGUGGUAACAUUUUAGCAUAGGCUGAUAUGAUUAUCCCUGCGAAUAUCUUUUGUGUAAAUUUACAAGUGGAAAUAUGCGAGGAAUCUUUGUUUUCUAUGAUUAAGCUAUGAUUAAGUUUACUUUCAGACCUUUUUGCAAAUAUUUAAUAAACGAAAUAAUGAAGCAGUCAACAUCUUAUGUAAUUUUACUCAUAGUUGCUAAUCUCAACUUUAGGAUGGAGAAAUAAAAACUCAUCCCUCUGGCUUGCCAAGGGGCUGCUUGUUUGUGGGUCCCGGGCAUUUUUUCCUGAAGAGGCUAG